UCAAAUGUUUUUUGGUCCUGUUGACUUUCCAUAUUCACCAACCAGCAGCAGUUAGCUGGUGCGCAUUCUGCCCUCGUUCCUCAGCAGGACCGAUAUAACCGUUUUAUUCCUCAUGUCAGCCAGGGCUGCUGGUGAGCAUGUCUUCGCUCAUUUUAACCCGAAUUUCUCAACCGCACUAGCAGACUGACAUAACUCCCAGAGAGUUAGCUGUGUGUUUGGCUAGCAGCGAACCGAGCUGCUAACGGCUGAAGCGAUGUUUGUGAGAUGCAGCUGAAGUGCUGCUCGGCCUGGCAAAGAUGACGUUCCGACCGAGCCUCGGUAAUGCUCCUCUGGCUGCGGUAGGUGGAAGAUGGACACCGAGGACGGGUGGACAACAGAACUGACUGCUGACGAACUUCGAAAAACGAAAGUGCUUUGCAGACACGAUGGGAAAAUCGGUUCUUGUCCUGAUCUAGCCAUGAGUAGGAGUGAGCACACUAAUGCCAGGCAUGUUCCUGUGGCCCUCACUCCCCAGCUCCCUCUCAGAGCCCAUCGGCCCCUGUGCGCGUCGGUCUCCUCCGACAGCAGCGGCCGCUUCAAGGCUUUGGAGACUCAGGAGUGGAAGAACAACCUCAAAGCUCAGAUGGAGCUGGCCCACAGUGCAGGAGCGGCCAGCAGCACAGGUUCCCUGGAGCGAGCCUCCAUGUUCUGCGCGUUGGCAUCGGCCUCUCUGUCCAGUCCCGGCCUGCCCAGCCCCCCCGUGGAGACCCUCAGCAAGAGCAAAUCCUCCAGCCGCUUCUCUCUCUUCUCCCCUCCAUGGAACAGCAGCUCUGAGUCUGACUCCAACCCGCCAUCUCGCUCGGGCUCCAAGAAGCUGCGCAACUACAGCCGGAGAGCAGCCACGGGGCCGGCAGGGGCCCGUGCCCCCGAUGUGCUCGAGCCCAAACGGAGCGGCCCUGAACACUUCCAGUACUCUGAGCCAGUCAUUUCCAAAGUGACGGACUACAUCUACGUGGGCAACCUGAACGCGGCGUACAAUGGCCGCACCCUGUGUCGCAACAACAUCGACAGCAUCAUCGACAUGAGCAGCGCGCCCGGAGAGCCGGCCCCCUCCCUCAGCCUCAUCCCCUGCACCUGCUCCCGCGGGUCCCGGCACAGCUGGUCACGCCUCAAGGUGGACCUGGGGCACAUGCCGGACACGCUGGACGAGUGGCCAGCUCUAAAGCACUGCUGCUUUGAGGACAUCAACGAGUGCAUAAAUGCAUCCACGGAGAAGAGGAAGCGCGUGCUGGUCCACUGCCGGGACGGGUUCUCUCUAGCGCCCAUGUGCAUCAUCCAGUACCUGAUGGUGAAGCAGAACAUGAGGCUAAUUGCUGCUUAUGAGCUGCUGAGAGCCAAGUACCCAGUCAACAUCAAGGAGUGUCACCAGAACGUUCUAGUGAGUCUGGAGCGAGCCCUGUGGCCCGGCGGGGAGGUGGACCCUGAGUGCUUCAGACAGGCUCUGUCCCGCAAGCUGGCCUGGACAUGAUGGCCUCCUUCACUCCCCACUGUCUGCCUGGCUGCUCCUUCUGUUGCUUUUUUUCUUGGGUUGGUACAUUUUCCACUGAAACCACCACGGGCAGCUCUACUUUCCUUCUAGAUAUUACUGCACUUCCUUUUAAUUUUUUGUUGAAGAGAAAUCAUUUCCAUGUGUUUCUUUAUCAAAUAUUUAAAUGGAUCUGGUAAUAACAACUUUGUAUGCAAAUGCUGAACAUUUUGCUCUACACCUAGUGUUUCGCUAAUUCGUUCGCAUCUGGCUUGCAUUCGAAGUCUAUGUGGAGGGGCACCAGACCCAUCAAAAUCGCUCUAGCCGUUGUUUUCCAUUGCCGGCUUAUUUUGUCUGACGCAUCAGACGCGCUUCAUGCAUCACACGGUUCAAAUCGUGCUGUGCUAGACGCUUGAAACGUGUCACGACGGGUCAUCGACGGUCGUCCACAUAGACUUUGAAUGUAAACCAGACACGCCUGACGCUCAAAACACGUUUGGUGUGAACGCACCAUUACAGU